ACAUUACAAGACUAUCGCUCUUAUGAGCUUAUCCGUAAUGAUUUCUUGCGUUCAGCCAGAGGGCGUUCAGCGCUUCUGGCUGGAGGUAUUAUUGCCAGAUUAGCUCGAGGCAUCGUCAACGUGAAUGACGUCUAUGAUGGCCCGACUAGUCAUGCUCUACAUGAAGGCGAGCAAGCAUUAUGUGUCUGGGAAGCAGGUCAAGCUUGUGCAUUUUGGGAUGACCAACUAACUGAUGAGGAGAUGGAUCUAAUUUGUGGAUCAUACGAGGUUGCAACA